AUGUGUGUGGAUCCAUGGCGCAACCUCAACUCCCCUCCCGUAUGCGUUUUCAGCAUCAACACUCUGCCGCCGCGGCACCCUUACCCCGCCCCAGCCGUCGGCCGUCUGGAAGACGAGAGCCAGCUGGUGGUGAGGGCGGCCCUGCGCCUCCUGUACGACACCGUGGCGCACAACCCCUUCAGCCCGGCCCUCGAGACGGGCCGCUUUUCCGCCACCCUGGCGCACCUCGAGGCGCAGCUCGGCGCCAUGGGGCCGGGGCCCGGCGAGGAGAGCGACGAGGAGCGGGACGGGGAGGGGCGGGGCGGCGGGGAGGCGGGCGCGGAGGGCGGCGACGGCGACGGCGGCGCGCGCUGGGAAGAGGGCGACGUCGAGAUGGAAGAUGAGGAUAAGGAGGCGGCCACGCCCCGCCGCGGCGCGGCGGCGGCAGAUGAGGCAUCGGCCCAAGGCGGAGACGCGCCGGCGGACAGCAGCCUCGACUCCCCCAACAGAGGGACCCUGCCGGCGGACUCCAGGCGCGCAGAGCUGCGGCACCUGGUGGCCACUCUGAAGGAGGCCAUUGCCUUCUGCCGCCGCCUGGAGGGCGCGAUGCCUGCGCUGCGGGCGCUGCUGGCGUGCCCACAUGGGGACGUGGUCAAAGAUGUGAUCGCGUUGUUGACCUUCUGCAGGCGGUUCGAGGUGCCGGGCGCCGCGGCCACCCUGCGCGGGAUGUGGCCGCUGGUGUUUGCGCGAGAGGAGGGCGUGAGGACGGCGGUGCUGGACGCGUGGUACGAGCUGUACCUGAAAGACCUGGAACCCAAGGCGCAGGCCCAGCUGCUGCUGGAUGAGGUCAUGCCCAGCUGCACCCUGGGGGAGCUGGCCGCGCUCGAGGCCAUCCUCCGGGCCCUAGCCGCGCCGCCCGCGCCGCGCCUGAACGCGGCCCGCCUGCUGCGGCCGCUGCUGACGAUCCCGUCUGCGGAGUACCGCCGGAUCACGGGCGGUGGCGGCGGCGGCGGCGGCGGCGGCGCGGGUGAUGCGGCGGGCGGCCAGGGGAGGGACCAGGCGGAUGAGGAGGACGGCGGCGGCGUGGGCGCGGCGGCGGAGGCCGCGGCGGCGGCGGGGGAGCGGCGGGCGUCGAGGCUGACGUUCCAACUCAUCAGCCUCCUGGCGGCGGCAGCCCCAGAGGACGUCGACCCCUUCAUCCAGCGCCACACCUGCCUCAUCCUCUCCCGCGCCGCCCCCGCCAUCCUGGCGCCGUCCGCGCUCCGCGAGUUUGCCGCCGCGUCCCCCGACGCCCCCGGCGGCGCCGCCGCGCGCGACGAGUUCCUGAGACGCACGUUCGAGUCCCUCGCGCGCCUUCUGGUUUCGCCGUCGGGCCCAAACCUGACCCUGGCUGGCGCGGCCGGCGGGCCUGCAGGCGCAGCGGGCAGCGGCGGCGGCGGCGGCGCGGGCCUGGUGACGCAGGAGGGCAACUGGCCCGCGGCGGCUGAGGCGGCGCUCGGCGCGCUGUACGCGCUGCACCCGCGGCCGGGCGCGCUGGCGGGCGCGGUGCUCGCGCGGCUGGCGGCGGCGGCGGGCGUAACGCUCGCGGGAGGCGCCCCCGGCGCGGCGGCCCCCAUGGGCGGCCGCCCCUCCUCCCCAGCCGCCCUGGCGCGCCUCUUCACUGUCCUUGGCCAUGCGGCCCUACACCAACUCGCCCUAUCCGAGCGCCUGCUGCGCGCCACGCGCGCGGGCCGCGCCGCCGCGGACCGCGACGCCGCACAGGCGGCGUCCGACGCGGCGCACUACUCCGGCGGCGGCAGCGGCGCCGCCGCGCCCGGGAAAAAGCGCGGGAAGGGGGGCGCCAAGGGCGGCGGGGAGGGGGCCGGCAAGGCGGGGGAUGAGGAGGAGGAUAUAGCGGCGCAGCUGGGAGUGGGGGCGACGGCCGAUGAGCUGGAGGCGAUGGGGCACGAGGUGGAGGGCCAGGUGGGCUGGCAGGGUUUAUGA